AUGAGCCUGGCGUGUCCCCUCCCUGGGGGCGCCGACAGCUCCGCCUGGCCCCACCGCGACACCGGCCCCGGGUUCCGACUGCGGUGCCGUGGCCAGGGAAUGGUUCCACGGUUGCCAAGGGCAGAAGCCGAGCGCUCAGGCUUGCCGCCCUGGCCUGCUCGGUGUGUGAGGGACUCCCAGCCGGCCACCGAGCAGCUCCAUGAUGCGGCAGCCCGUGGCACACACAGCGCGGCUCCUCUGGCUGCUGAGUGGGCAGGGACAGCCCAGCCCACGGCCCGUGUUUGUCCCGCAGGUGUGCUGAGCUUGCCGGCGGCCGCUGCGGCUCCGCCGGUGCUGCCGGUGCCGCCGGUGCCGGGCAGCCCGCUGUCGGACAGGGAGUACCAGCAGUUCUUUGCCAAGCUGCACCCGCCCUGGCAGGCAAACAUGUUCUGCCUGCUGCGCCAGGCCCACGGCUGCCUCAACCACGACAUCCUGCGCCUGGACCAGGAGGAGAACCACGGAGAAAUCCCCGAAGGGCCGAUCUGCACUGAAUUUCCAGAGGUGGUGCAGUUCCAGACCUUCUGUCAGUUCGCCCAGUAUCGCUGCCUCAAACAGCAGUUCUUCGUCAAGCGAGUCCCAUGUUUGGGUUGGUCUCUAACAAACCCUUUCCCGAUGGAGCCAUCCAGCACCCCAGACUCCUUGGCAACGGACAGAGGCUCCCCUGUCACACAAGCUGCUCUCCACCCCUGCAGCUUUCUGUCUGGCCUCCAAAAGCCACCCUUGGCCGCUCCAUCCCUCUGUCUCACCACUCAGAGGAGGGCUUUUCUGUCACCUGCUGAUGCCCUGCUGCAGGACAAUGUGGAAGGCCUUCUCCAGUUCUCUCGUGCUCUGUUAGGUCAGAAACCAUGGCAGACAAAGCACCCCACAGCCACGCCAAGGGUGCCCACUCCCCGGCAGAAGAGCAGGACUACACGCCCACCGACUCCCUGGGCUGCCACCUCACCUUCCAGGGUGGAAUCCCCGGAGGAGCAAAGCCUGAGGAAAAGCAUCUGGCAGCUGAUCCAUUCGGCUCUCUCCUUGGAUGCAUCCUUGGAGACCAAGAACUCCUCUUGGAACCUCACCAGCUUGGGCCCAGGACACACAAUGAAGUCGGAAAUCCCCCCCCGAGGCAGCCUUCUAGCCCUGCAGAACGAUGAGGCAGUGCUGAUCCUGUGCUACGCAGUGCUGGAGGGAGAUUGCCUCUCCUCGAUGCUCGCCACGGCCUGGAAGGAGAUGGAGAAAAAAAACUUUGAGUUCGGAGACUCGGUUUGUGACAGCCUUGGGCGGCACCACUUGGACCUGUGCCCUGCCUGUGCUUUCUGCUCGCUGAAGAGGGAGCAGUGCCAGAACAUCAAGACCCUGAACCGUGUUCACUGCGACUCGGGCAGCUUCUCCACCUACAUCAACCCUCAGAUCUCGGCCCAGCUGGGGGACGAGGAGGGCAAGCCUAUGUCCUCAGAGACCCUGGAGGGCUACAACAUGGACUUUUUGAGAGGGAUGAGGUUGGAGUACUGGUGCAGCCAGAUGGCCAUCUAUGGCUGUAACGAGCCUGCUGUGACCCUCUGGCUGAAGGCAGAGUAUGAAGCCUUCCAAAACGGGGAUGGCUCAGGAAAGAUCUGUGACUCGAGAGGAAAUCAGCAUCCCAGCUACUGCAUGUUCAAGAGCUACCAGUGCCUCCUGAAGAGCAUCUACAACCAGAGGGUGGCUCCCAUGGAAUGCAAGCCUUACAAGAGCUACAGGGUGCUGAGUGCAAAGGAGGGAGACGAGGAGGUGCAGCUGUGGCAAGAGAUAUUCCACAGCCUCUCCAAGCAGAAAUCUGAAAGUUAAUAAAGUUU